ACAUACAAUUUCUGUGUGUCUGGCUGUUUCCUUUCUUCGCUGGUCUCUGUCACGCUGAGCUCACACAGGAGCUGAGCCGAGAGGCAGAGCGCCUGGGGCUGAGUUCUGCCCUGGGGCUGUCUGGGAACAUGGCCCUGCAGGUGUCAGCUCUGGCCCUUCUCCUGGCCCUUCCCCCUGUGCUGUCUGCCCAGGGAGCAGGACUGCCCAGUUCCAGCCGCCCCAAGACUCCAGACACGUGCAGGAGGGAGGGAGCCUGGACCACGAAGGUGACGUUUCCCUCCGAGCUGACGGCGUUUCCGAUGAAUGGCACGGUGCUGGUGAUAUGCACUGAGAAGCCUGAAUCCGGGACGUUCCCUGCAAAAUGCACAGAGCUGAAGGACCGCGGGGCAGUCUGGGAUAUCAGCGGAGUCCAGUGUCUCAGGAUGUGCAAUGAUUGGGUGAGGCAGGUGGAUUUUGACCCUGCACAGACGGAGUUCGGCGUCGGGGCCGAGGGUCGGGUGACCUGUCGUCAGCAGUUCCAGCAGAACUCGUUCAAUGUGACGUGCAGAGAGACAGAGUCGGGGCACUUCGAAUGGGAACUGGGUGCACACAAGUGUGUCAGAAAAUGUAAAAUAUUCCAAACCUGGGACUCCAGAUUGCAGUUUUCCCCCAAGAGGCAGUUCUACUCCCCGGGUGAAUCGGUGACGCUGAGCUGCUCUGAGGGGUAUCGGCCAUCACCACCUGUGAUUGAAUGUGUCAGAAAUGGGAGCCUGUCUGUCUGGAGUGAGACACCCACCUGCCAGGGGGUUUGUACGACGGCAGGAAACUGGCCCCCGUCGGUCUCUGCUGUGUCCGCACGGACAGAGUUUGCCGUUGGCGAGAGGGUUUGGGUGACCUGCCUCCAGGAGCAGUACGAGGGGCGCUCGGCUUGGAUGCAGUGUACGGAGAGGCCUGGGCGCGUGGAGUGGGACACGAGCCACGUGAGCUGUGUGGAAAAGUGCCCCAAACCCAGCUGGGCCUCAGCUCUGCGGUUCGCACCGGACAAGAUAUAUUAUAGCAGGGAGGAGCCAGUCACCCUGAGCUGCCCUGAGGCGUUCAAACCCUCGCAUCCCAUGAUCACAUGUACCGGACAGGGGAACCGGAGCGUCUGGAAUGAGAUUGCUACCUGCCUGGAAAAAUGUGAAAUACGAAAACCCUGGGACUCCAGAUUGCAGUUUUCCCCCAAGAGGCAGUUCUACUCCCCGAGUGAAUCGGUGACGCUGAGCUGCUCUGAGGGGUAUCGGCCAUCACCACCUGUGAUUGAAUGUGUCAGAAAUGGGAGCCUGUCUGUCUGGAGUGAGACACCCACCUGCCAGGGGGUUUGUACGACGGCAGGAAACUGGCCCCCGUCGGUCUCUGCUGUGUCCGCACGGACAGAGUUUGCCGUUGGCGAGAGGGUUUGGGUGACCUGCCUCCAGGAGCAGUACGAGGGGCGCUCGGCUUGGAUGCAGUGUACGGAGAGGCCUGGGCGCGUGGAGUGGGACACGAGCCACGUGAGCUGUGUGGAAAAGUGCCCCAAACCCAGCUGGGCCUCAGCUCUGCGGUUCGCACCGGACAAGAUAUAUUAUAGCAGGGAGGAGCCAGUCACCCUGAGCUGCCCUGAGGCGUUCGAACCCUCGCAUCCCAUGAUCACAUGUACCGGACAGGGGAACCGGAGCGUCUGGAAUGAGAUUGCUACCUGCCUGGAAAAGUGUAAAGCUCCAGAAACGAGGGACACCAGGGUCCAGUUCGCCCUUGAGCAGCAGUUUUACAGCCAAGGGGACUUGGUGAAAUGGAGCUGCCCUGCGGGGUACCGACCCUCACAGCCUAUGAUCAGAUGCACUAGACACUGGAACCAGAGUGUCUGGAGUGGGACUGCCACCUGCACUGGGGUUUGUACGACGGCAGGAAACUGGCCCCCGUCGGUCUCUGCUGUGUCCGCACGGACAGAGUUUGCCGUUGGCGAGAGGGUUUGGGUGACCUGCCUCCAGGAGCAGUACGAGGGGCGCUCGGCUUGGAUGCAGUGUACGGAGAGGCCUGGGCGCGUGGAGUGGGACAUGAGCCACGUGAGCUGUGUGGAGAAAUGCCCCAGGCCCCAGUGGGACCCCAGACUCCGGUUUGUGCCAGACUGGCCGUUUUAUGGCCAGAAUGAACAGACGAGGCUGAGCUGCUCUGGGGGGGUCCCAGGCUUCGCUCUCUGUGAUCAGAUGUGUGAGAUGGAGUCGGACCCGGAAUUACUGGGCAGUGUGGGACCGGGGCACAUGGCGCCCUACCAGAGGGAACGUUACCUGUGCGGUGACCCCCCGGAUCAUCCCAGGGGCCCUGGAGAUUUCACCCACCACCAUCAAACUGCGCUGGACUUGUGAACCCCCCGAAUCCUGCCAGGGCAGCUGGAAGAUACAAGCCCAAUGCUGGCUGGAUGGACCCCUGUCAG